UGUUGCCAUAGUGACGACGUUGCUGGCAGCGUGGAAAGUUUUUCUUAUAAAACUGGCGGCGAGUUCGUGUUUCUGCGCUUCUUUCUCCAUGUUUUACAUUUAAAAUCUUAGCAGGGUUACUGUUUUUUUUUUUCCUGUUAUAUUCCGGUUUAAUAAUACGGUUUAAUGACCUUAGCUUCACUUUCUAGCUUCAUUUCCGGAGCUUUUCGGGUGCACCUCACGCGCUUCACAGUCACGAGCAGCUGGUUGUGUCUUUCGGUUGACCUGCAGGCGAAGAUGAACACAGCAGUUGGGUUUCUCCCUGAAAUUAAUAUCAACAAAAGCAAACAGAGGAGGAGCACUUACUACAGCAGGAUGAAGCAGACAAAGGAGUCCCUUCGAGCCAGACUGAACCCGGCUGGACCAGCAGAGACUCUGACCAGGAAAGAAAUCGCUCUGUUCAGAAGCAGUCUGAAGCAGAGCAUCUGUGUGCGGCUGCUGCAGGAAGGCUUCCACAGGUCGUACUCUGAGCUCGUCUCUCUGCUGCAAUCUGACCAGGACUGGAGAGCGAUGGCUGAACCGGGAUCACUCAGGAUUCUUGCUCCUCCUCUGUCGGAACAAAAAUACAAAAUGGAGACCAUCAGCCAGCACCUGAGCUUGGCCGAGGAGGCUGAAAGGACCGGUAUCUGGUCCACCGUCUGUGAGGAGCGUCUCCUUUUGGGUCGGUUCUUCUCAGACCCUGAGGACCUCUGGCUCCGCUUCUACUUCUACCACAGCUGUACUGACCGGGAGAAAGGGAGGUUCUCCAGAGCAGCCACCGAGGCCCGGGCCUGCCUGACUGAGCUCUACCUGGAUCAAGGUGAUCUGGAGGAGGCGAGGCAGCAGGGAGAGCUGUGCCGCAAACAGGCAGAGGAUGGCGGCUGGCUGGACUCAGACGGUCGAUCCCUGAAGCUCCGGGCCUGCCGGGAUCUGUGGAAGAUCUACAGAGAACUCGCGGAGGCGCUGCUGGCUGCUGAGGACCACAAGAAGGCCCUGACGCUGCUGCACGAAGGCAACCGCAGGGCCAUGGAGUCUGAAGACAAACAGCUGAAGGGGGAGGCGGCUUUCCAAGUAGGUCUAGCCAAUCAGAGAGCAGGAGACCACGGCACAGCCAAAAAGUUCUUUAACAGCAGCAUGGAGAUUUUUCACAGCCUGGACGACACAGAUGGACUGGUGAAGGCCUACAAAGCUUUGGCAAAGUCUCUAAAGAGUGAGGGAUACAUCGAGGAGGUGGUCGCAUGUCUGGAGAAGUUAGCCACCAUGUCUCGUAGCAGCAGGCUGCAGCACAGACUGAUCGAUGUCGCUCUGUGUCUAGGAAACAUCUACUUCAGCAGGAGUCAGUAUGUGAGAGCUGGUGAGUACUGCCUGCAGGGCUACGAGGUGGCCUGCACCACAGAAGAUGUGGCUCAGCUGCAGCGAGCACAGGUGUUGGUGGCCUCCGCUCACGCCCAUGCCACGAUUGGAAAAUACGGCGCCAACCUGACGUCGACCUCGCCCGCUCCCCUGCAGCGGCUGCUCGACUGGAAAGUGAAACGAGGACGUGAGGACCUCAGUGUGGAGGAGUACUACUCUCCUGCCUGGUUUAAAUGUGCCAUUGUUUAACGAUAGGAGGGAGAGAAAGGAGGAGAGUUACUCGUUACCGUGAAUAAAGAUGAAACCCUGAAA